CCGCCAGUGCGUGUAGUGGCGUACGAGGCCUAGGAAGAUGCGGCGCGCAGGACUAACGACACUUGUACACUGCUGCUAUUGCACCAUCGCAUCUAUACACACACAUGCACACACACACGACUGUGUACGACUGGCUGCGUUUAUCCCUGAUUUCCUAAUAUUUUGUUAUCAACUUCGCCACCGUGCACGGACGUUUUCGGCAAAAUGAGCACUAACGGAUGCGGAAUACACAGAAGAUUUCAAUAUUGUUCUAGUAUUACAUUUCCUUCCAGUCGGCUGGUCUUUAUAAGGGAGUUUGCUUUAUAUGCGGGAUCCCAUUGUCGGAACACAUAAAGAUAAAUACAUCCGCGCCAAGCAGCGAAAAGUGCAAACGCCAGGCUAACCGGUAAUUUUCGUUUUUGUCAUAUCAGCCAAAAACUUCAUUGAAGUCUAUCGAUUACUUUCGACAGCCGUAAGGAAUGCGGUAGUUUUUGCGGAAAUCACUAUUUUAUCCUCGAUGUGCUUUUGGAUGGAAGAUCCAUUCGUGCCUCUUCAGAAAUGUUUAACAUAUGAUGUGAAUUUUCUGUGUUCGGCCAUUUGUUGCCUGACAUAGCGUCGUUAUAUUAGCGCUAUUUGGAUGGUCAAGUACGUAGUGCUCCAGCUAAAAAUCCCCAGGAUGACGCGCAAGGUGCCGGCGAAGACGACCAAAGUGUUAUCGGGUUACUGUGUGGUGGUGGCUGAAAAUAACGAAGGGAAAAUCAAGUUAUUCGGAUCCCCGGCAGAUCAUCCCAGUUUGGAAAUGGGCGACGAAAUUCUGGAAGUGAAUGGGAAAAAACUAGAAGAUGCUUCUCACAGCGAUGUUAUUAAUCACAUUCACGAAAGCAUAAAAUCCCGACGAGUGAGCCUGAAGGUUCGGAGGAGGAAAGGCAGACGGCUGGUUGAUGAGUUUCCGACUUAUUCAAUCCAGAACGCAUACAUCGUUUCCUCCGAUGAUGAAACUCGAGAGAAUUUCGAUCGUCUGCAUAAAAUGAUGGAGUUGUGCCCCCUUGAUAUGACCAACCUUUUAACGGAUGGCAGAGCCGAAGAUUUAACCAUUCCUAAUGCUAAACUUGACGCUGGCAUUUCCGUUGUGCAACCUGCCGCAUCUCCAUUAGAGACUGUACCCGAGUCUGAUUUCCAACCGUCGCCAACCGAAAAUAAUCAAGCCGUUCCUGAGACAGUAUUUCCAGAUAUACCAGAACCGCCUCGCUCCAAAGAGGAUUUAUUACAACGAACUUUGCGAAACAUCGAGACGUGUAUUCAGUUAUCGAAGAAACAGGAAGGUGUUAGAUUCUGCAUAGCGCCUGACGAGGAGGAAUUUCCUGUAAGAGUCUUACCGGAAGUCCAAUUCGCAGCAGCCAACCGGAUUGUGCCAGUUUACACCAGCGUGUCCAACUUAUUACACACGCAUCAGCCGACAAACAGUGCAAUCGAGACCACAUUAGGCGCAUCCCCUGUGGAGGAAAUGGCCGCGCAAAUCCAGUUUAGUAAUCACCGGGAAAUGGCCAUAGAUGUGCCGGAAUCUUUCGUUGGCAGCAUUAAGCGACCGCCUCGCUAUCCCUCAUCGCACAAAGACCAUCCAUUUGAACCUGCUGCGGCAGCCGCUACACCCGUACUUCCGUCUCCGGCUAUGCAGGAUGCCGAGAGAAUUAAAUCCUACCAAGCGGACUUUCGCAAACGAAAUGAGGAAGAGCAAUCAAGGGCUAGAAAGGAUGAAUUUCUACGCAAUUCCCUCAGGGAAUCGAAAAAAUUACAAGCUUUGGAAAAGAAUGCCAAACCGCCUUCUCCACCAGGAUUUCUCAAUCCAGCCUUUGAAGAAGAAAUGCACGCUCACGGGCACCGUGGACACGAUGCGUCGGCUUCACACAACGUGCCGGACGCGCAAUCGAUGAAACUGGCAUUGGACCAGAUAUCGAACGCCCUGCGUCGUGAGAAUGGGGAAUUCGCCGAGGAGCUCAGUUUCUUGCACGCACUAUUCGAUACUCCGGAAUUUCAGAACGCAGCUGAUUUGCAUCAUUUGCUGGAAUCUCGACAAAUCGGCCUUUCGGAUCCGGUGACAAUGAAGCCCGAAACAGCGGAAACCCUGAUGGAAACCGUUAAACGCAUACUUCCUGGGUGUUCCAACCAAGAAGCCCAAGAGCUGCAGGCCAUUUUGUCCACACCCCAGUUUGAAAACUUACUCUUAACUCACGAUAAACUAGCGGCCUAUCGCGAUGAACUGGCACAAGUGCAGCCGCGGUUUAGUGACGCUCUCGCUGUUAAUGGAAAUUUUCGCACAUCUGUGGAGGGACAUACUGGUGACGGUGUGAGUGGUGAUGCGGUAAGCAUGCCGUUCGAUGAGAACGGCCACGGUCUGCUACCUCCGACAUCCACAUCUCCUAGUCAGUCCAAUUACGUUGGAGUGGAUAUGCGCGUCGUGAAGAUCGAAAAGACUGGAGGAAAUCCCCUGGGUGCCACCAUUAAAAUUGAUCCUCAGACCGGUGGAGUAAUGGUGGCACGGAUCGUGCAUGGAGGAGCGGCGCAGAAAAGUGGCCUUCUGCACGAAAAUGACGAAUUACUAGAUGUGAAUGGGUUUGACUUGCGGGGCAAAUCGCUCGAUGAAGUCUGUGAAAUGUUGAAUAAGAUGACGGGGACAUUGACAUUUGUGAUUAUACCGGCCCAAGCGACUCUGGCGGACGUGCAGCCGAAACGCGACUAUAUCAUGCACGUCAAAGCGCACUUCGAUUUUAAUCCGGGUGAUGAUACAUACCCCGAGGAGGUGCGUUGUCCCUGCAGCGAUCUGGGAUUAGCAUUCCGUAAAGGCGACAUUUUGCAUGUGCGCAAUCAUGACGACCGUAACUGGUGGCAAGCCUACCGGGAAGGAGAGGAAAUCGGUUCCACUUUAGCCGGUUUGAUACCUAGUAAAGAUUUUCAACAGCAACGUGAAGACCAUCGCUUACGGAAAAUGGGCGAUGGACUUUACAUGAACGGUGGAAAGGGGACUGGCAAGCGACAUGGGAGUAAACACUUUGGAAUCAAAAAGCCUAAGGCUAAGAAACGCAAGAAGGUCGUUGCAGGAUCUCCAUUAGAUGUGGAUGCCGGUGAAACGCCAUGGUAUGAAGAAGUGGGUGUGUAUUAUCCGAAACAAAACCAGAAACGUCCUAUAAUUCUCAUCGGACCCCAUCACGUCGGCCGACAAGAGCUGAGGGAACGACUUAUGGCCACGGAUAUUGAACGCUUCGCCCCGGUAACCCCCCACACCACACGACCCCGACGUGAAGGGGAGGUCAACGGUUACACAUAUUUUUUCGUUACGCGACACCAGUUUGAGGAGGAUAUUGCGCGGGCCCGCUUUGUUGAACAUGGGGAAUUUGAGAAACAUCUGUAUGGCACAAGCUUUGAUGCCAUUCGCGAUGUGGCUUUGAAGGGGAAGAUUUGUAUACUAAACCUUCAGCCGCAGUCCUUACGACUGCUACGUGCAUCCGAUCUGAAGCCAUACGUGGUUUUCAUUGCGCCACCCUCUUUGGAUAAACUCCGGCUUAAUCGGCAGAAAAUGGGUUCAUAUCCUAAGGAUGAUGAGUUAAAAGCCAUCAUCGAAGACGCCCGAGAGAUGGAAGACACGUACGGACACUUCUUUGAUUUAGUGAUAGUGAAUACGGACUUUGACAAAGCCUUUGCCGAACUACUGGACGAAAUCAAUCGAUUGGAGCGUGAACCGCAGUGGAUCCCUGUGGAGUGGCUUCGAUGAUUAGCUCAGUUGGAGUGUUGUUAUCUCUCGUGCUUUCUGGAUGAUGUAACCGUUUGGCAUAGCUGAUUACCACGGUUUACGUAGUGUGUGUAUUCCCAUUCCCGGACCAUCUGGCAAGGUUCUCUGGACGCUUGGCACGCCUUCUGUAGCUGUUGCCAGCUGUUUCUUCAAUCAAAGACGAUUGUGAUGACCCCCUUUUGAUCCUUUGCUCUUGGCAGCUAUUUUUGUAGUAUAUUAUUUGAAAUCUUUUAACGGUCUCCUCCAGUAUAGCUGCUAUCAACAGCCCUGUUCCUCAAAUUUCUGUAUUCGUUCUUCCUGCAUUGAAAUUUGUAUCUCUGUAAGUUGUGUGUAUUAUUCUUCCGGUUUGCAUGUAUUGUAUUUUUGUAAUUUUGUGGUUACCUUUAUUUUACUUGCAGUAAGGCCUAAUAAAAAACUUGAUGGAGUUUUUCGAAUAAGCUAGGAUUGGCUAACUACAAACAAAGAACGGGUUUUCUUAA